AUGGGCGGCGAUCGGUGCGGCAAGGGGGGCGUGGCUGUCAGCGGCGGCGGGGCGUCUUUGGCGUGGCGUGCGGACAUGGUUGUUUAUGAGGAGCGCGAGGAGGGAGACAGGGGGGAGGGGGGUUACCGGCGGCUGGAGCACAUCUGGGAGGAGACCUGGCAGGCGCCGCGGCGCGCGGACAAGUACGGUCCCGGCAUCGGCGGCGGGAUGAUGAUGUCGGCGAGGAGGGGCGGGCAGGCCCCCGGGGACCGGCGGGGGUGCGGGGGGGGCCGCUCGGCGUCGGCGGACGCGAUCGAAUGCGACUUCGGGCGGCUGGAGGCGAUCUGGGAUGCCUGGUGGUCGGUGCCGCGGCGCGCGGUCGGCCGCCAGGAUGCGAUUUGCGGCAAGGCCGAGGGGAAGGCCGUCGAGGCCAAGGCCGGGAGGCUUGAAAAGGCGGUUGGGGGAGAUCGGCGCGGGGAUGCCGGCCUCGAGGCGGGGUCGCCGGUGGCGGGGUCGCCGGUGGCGGGGUCGCCGGCGGCCGCCGGGCACCACAGACGGUCGCGCAGCUGGACGGGAACGGAGUUCAACCGCAUGGCGGGGCCGUGGCCCCUGUGGCAGGCGGGAGUGGAGAGCAUCCCAGGUUUUGACAUCAACGCACUGAAUGGAGCAUGCCAGACAAGUGAGAAGAAUUAA